AUGGCCAUGCACCAUCUCUCCCAGGGGCACCCGCAGGCCUGGCCAUGGGGGGUAGCCAUGUACACCAACCUACACUACCACCACCAGUACGAGAGGGAGCACCUGUUCGAGAAAACCUUGACGCCCAGCGAUGUAGGCAAGCUCAACAGGCUGGUGAUCCCCAAGCAGCACGCGGAGAGGUACUUCCCCCUCAACGGCGGCGACUCCCCCGGCGACAAGGACCUGCUCCUGUCUUUCGAGGAUGAGGCCAGCAAGCCGUGGCGGUUCCGGUACUCGUACUGGACGAGCAGCCAGAGCUACGUGCUCACCAAGGGCUGGAGCAGGUACGUCAAGGAGAAGCAGCUUGACGCCGGAGACAUCGUGCACUUCGAGAGGGUGCGCGGCCUUGGCACAGGCGACCGUCUCUUCAUCUGCUGCAGGCGCCGUGGCAAGAGCGCGCUGCCACCACCAGUCCGCGUAUCUCCGCCUGCUCUGAACGCCGGGGAGCAGCAGCCUUGGAGCCCGAUGUGCUAUAGCACGUCAGGAUCAUACCCUACCAGCCCUGCCAACUCCCACGCCUAUCGCCGCUCCGUGGAGCAAGAUCACAGCGACAUGCUGCAUGCAGGUGACUCGCCGAGAGAGGCAAAUGCCAAGAGCAGUACGGCAUCGGGGCCGCCGUCGAGACGUCUCCGGCUGUUCGGAGUCAACCUCGACUGCGGUCCGGAGCCAGAGGCAGAGGCAGCAACGCCAAUGUACGACUACACCCACCAGAGCCCCUACGCUGCAGUGGUCACGGUGCCAGCUUACUGGCCAGUUCAUAAGAUGGUGAGGUCUGAAGCCAUGCUCGAGUAUCCUAACAACCAGCAGUGA